CCCAAUCCAACCAGUACACAAAUCCAGAAUAGAUCUCCCCCUUUCCGCCGCAAGAGAAAGCAUCGGGACAUUGCCUUGUGUCACUGCGUGUGUUAGGGAAGGGGAGGGAGAGCGAGAGGCGAAGCCAUGGAUGAGGGAUCCGCGGAUGCGGGCGCCUCCGGCCGCCGCUCGCGCGCCCGGGGCUCCGAGGCGGUGGCGCGGUCCGCGGCGCUCGAGCGCCUCCGCGCGAUCCGCGAUGGGGGCGCCCGCGCCGCCGCCGCCGUCCAGGUGAGGAUUGAGGCCCCGAUCUACGACACCGUCGCCGAGGAGGACUACGCCGCGCUCGUCGCCCGCCGCCGGAAGGACGCGGGGGCCUUCAUCGUCGACGACGACGGCCUGGGCUACGCCGACGACGGGCGGGAGGAGGACUGGACCCACCGCACCAUCCACUCCUCCUCCGACGAGGGCUCCGACGGCGAGGAUGGCGCCCCCCGGAAGCGGAAGCAGCCGCGUCCGCAGUCGAAGCGCCCGCCUCAGCAGUCCGCCGCCGCGGCGUCCCUCUCUGCCGCCGCCGCCAUGAUGGGGAAGCAACGACUCUCUUCCAUGUUCACCUCCUCCGUGUUUAGGAAGCCUGGCAGCGACCGCGGUAGGGACUCGUCGCUGGCGGCCGACAGCAUCGUGGAUGACGUCAUCGCGGAGUUCGCUCCCGACGACAAUGACCGCGAGGAGCGGCGCCGCCGCGUUGGUAGGGUUUGUGCCCCGGCGCCAGCGCCAACAACAACUGCUCACAUCAAGGCUGAAAAUGUGGCAGUCGAUACGGCAAUGGCGUUCAGAUCGGAUAAUGUUUUCGAGGCCCAUGAGGUUUCAGAUCAUGGAAAUGAUAUGGAUAUGGAAUUGAAGCCAGACGUGGAAAUGGAGCCCAAAUUGGACACACCUCUUGGUGCUAGUGCUGAAUUGGCGAAUAAUAGUAACAGCCUGGAGGAACCGAAACAGGAGGCUAAUGGGGAGGUUAAGAUAGAGAAGGUGCAUCGUCUGAAUGCUAAGAUUAAGACGGAGGACAGCCGGAAUGGGGAUAUGGCUAGUGCAACAGCAGGGUGGAUGAAGAUAUGCGGGGAUGGGGACAAUGCAGGAGGUGAGGGAGCGGUGGCUGCUAACAGCAACACCGGCGUGGAUGAAAGCUCAGAAUUUGAGCUGAAGGAUGGAGCGCUGCCAUUCUACAUAUUGGAUGCAUACGAGGAGCCUUUUGGUGCUAAUUCGGGCACAGUAUAUUUGUUUGGAAAGGUUGAAGUAGGCAAGCGGUUCCACAGUUGUUGUGUGGUUGUAAAGAAUAUGCAAAGGUGCAUAUAUGCUAUUCCAAGCAGUUCAAUCUUCCCAAGGGACACCAUAUCAAGGCUAGAGAAGAAUUCCACUACUUCUGAUUCUUCUCCAUCACUUCGAGCAAGUCUACAUGAGUUAGCAUCAGGAUUGAAGAGCGAAAUAGCUGAUAAGUUGUCAGACUUCAACGUGUCAAAUUUUGCAAUGACUCCAGUCAAGAGGAACUAUGCAUUUGAGAGGACUGAUCUACCAAAUGGGGAGCAGUAUGUCUUGAAGAUAAAUUACCCAUAUAAGGAUCCGGCGCUACCUACAGACCUUCGAGGUCAACAUUUCCAUGCAUUACUUGGGACGAACAAUAGUGCUCUUGAAUUGCUUCUCAUCAAAAGGAAGAUCAAGGGGCCUUCAUGGCUUUCGAUCUCCAAAUUUUUGGCAUGUCCAGCUACUCAGCGGGUCAGCUGGUGUAAAUUUGAAGUUACAGUUGAUAGUCCCAAAGACAUAUCUGUUUUGAUGACAAGUACCACGUUAGAAGUUCCUCCUGUCGUGGUUGCAGCAGUUAAUCUUAAAACUAUCAUAAAUGAGAAACACAAUGUGCAUGAAAUUGUGUCAGCAUCAGUCAUAUGCUGUCACCGUGUGAAAAUAGAUAGUCCAAUGCGUUCUGAAGAUUGGCAGAAACGGGGAAUGCUCAGCCAUUUUACUGUUAUGCGCAAGCUUGAAGGCAGUAUAUUUCCUAUAGGCCUCUCCAAGGAAUCCUCUGAUAGGAACCAGAAGGCUGGUAGCAAUGUGCUGGCACUCGAGAGCAGUGAACGUGCAUUGUUAAACCGCUUGAUGAUCGAGCUUAGCAAACUUGAUUGCGAUGUACUUGUGGGACACAAUAUUUCUGGAUUUGACUUGGACGUCCUUUUGCACCGUGCACAGACUUGCAAAGUACCAAGCAAUAUGUGGUCCAAGAUUGGUCGUCUUAGGCGCUCAGUAAUGCCCAGACUCACCAAAGGGAACACACUUUAUGGGUCUGGGGCAAGUCCAGGAAUUAUGUCCUGCAUUGCUGGUCGUCUCCUCUGUGAUACCUACUUAUGCUCUCGCGAUCUCCUGAAGGAGGUGAGUUAUUCUUUGACACAACUUGCAGAAACACAAUUGAAAAAGGAGAGGAAAGAGGUCUCUCCACAUGAUAUUCCCCCAAUGUUCCAAUCUUCAGGAGCACUUCUCAAGCUGGUUGAAUAUGGCGAGACUGAUGCAUGUCUUGCUUUGGAGCUCAUGUUUCAUUUGAGUGUUCUCCCGCUUACACGCCAAUUGACAAAUAUCAGCGGUAACCUGUGGGGAAAAACUCUCCAGGGUUCUAGAGCUCAAAGGGUAGAGUAUCUGCUGUUGCAUGCAUUCCAUGCAAGAAAAUUUAUUGUACCGGACAAGUUUGCACGCAGUAAAGAGUUUAACUCUACAAAACGAAAAAUGAACCCUGAUACCGAGGCUGCAAGACCUGAUGAAGCUGAUCCUUCAAUUGAUGACGAGGGACAUCAUGUUGAUCAAGGUAAAACGAAAAAAGGUCCUUCAUAUGCUGGUGGCUUGGUUUUGGAGCCUAAAAAGGGUCUAUAUGACAAGUAUGUGCUACUUCUGGACUUUAACAGCCUUUACCCUUCGAUAAUUCAGGAAUACAAUAUCUGCUUUACUACUGUUGACCGUUCUGCUGAUGGCAAUGUCCCUAAUUUGCCCGCUUCAAAGACCACUGGUGUUUUGCCUGAGUUGCUAAAGAGUUUGGUGGAGAGGAGAAGAAUGGUUAAAUCAUGGCUUAAGACUGCUUCUGGUCUCAAAAGGCAGCAGUUUGACAUCCAACAGCAAGCUUUGAAGCUUACCGCAAAUAGCAUGUAUGGCUGCUUGGGCUUUUCCAAUUCCAGGUUUUAUGCAAAGCCACUUGCUGAGCUUAUUACACUGCAAGGAAGAGAGAUAUUGCAAAACACUGUUGAUCUGGUUCAGAAUAACUUAAAUUUGGAGGUUAUCUACGGUGACACAGACUCUAUAAUGAUACAUACUGGUCUGGAUGACAUCUCCAGGGCAAAAGGAAUUGCAGGAAAAGUCAUUCAGGAGGUGAAUAAAAAAUACCGCUGUCUGGAGAUUGAUCUUGAUGGUAUAUACAAAAGAAUGCUGCUUCUCAAAAAGAAGAAAUAUGCUGCCAUUAAAGUUGCAUUAGAUGGUAGCUUACGAGAGAACAUUGAGCGCAAGGGACUUGAUAUGGUCAGACGUGACUGGAGUUUGCUGUCAAAAGAAAUUGGAGAUUUUUGCCUGAAUCAAAUUUUGUCUGGAGGGUCAUGUGAUGACGUUAUCGAGUCAAUCCAUAGUUCUCUCGUGCAGGUGCAAGAGCAGAUGAGAGGUGGCCAAACAGAAUUAGAAAAAUAUAUCAUUACAAAGAGCUUAACAAAAGCACCAGAAGAUUAUCCAGAUGCUAAAAACCAACCUCAUGUUCAGGUUGCUUUAAGACUGAAGCAAAAUGGUUAUUCUGGGUGCUCUGCAGGUGAUACAGUUCCCUAUAUAAUUUGCUCUCAACAGGAUUCAGAGAGUACACAUUCAGGAGGAAUAGCUCAAAGAGCUAGACAUCCAGAGGAGCUGAAAAGAAACCCUGACAAAUGGAUGAUUGAUAUUGACUACUAUUUAUCGCAGCAGAUUCAUCCUGUAGUUUCCCGUCUGUGUGCUUCGAUCCAGGGCACCAGCCCAGCUCGCCUGGCUGAAUGCCUUGGGCUUGAUUCAUCCAAGUUCCAAUCAAGAUUGACUGAGUCUGAUAAUCAAGAUACGUCUAGCAUGCUCUUGUCUGUAAUUGAUGAUGAAGAUGAGAGAUAUCGUGGUUGUGAGCCCCUGCGAUUAUCAUGCCCAAGCUGUUCUACUACCUUUGACUGCCCCCCUGUGUCUAGUCUGAUUAUUGGUUCUAGCUCUGGAAAUGUAUCAAAUCCAAAUGAAGGAAAUGAUGCUUCCAUUAAUUUUUGGCGUCGGAUGCGGUGCCCAAGAUGUCCAGAUGACACUGAUGAGUCCAGAGUUUCUCCUGCAGUACUUGCAAACCAGAUGAAAAGGCAGGCUGAUAGUUUCAUCAAUCUAUAUUAUAAAGGUUUACUGAUGUGUGAUGAUGAGGGUUGCAAAUACUCAACGCACAGUGUGAACCUUAGAGUGAUGGGGGACUCUGAGAGAGGAACCAUCUGCCCCAACUACCCACGCUGCAAUGGCCACCUAGUGAGACAGUAUACGGAGGCAGAUCUAUACAGGCAAUUGUCAUACUUUUGCUAUGUAGUUGAUGCAACUCGAUGUCUUGAGAAGUUGGACCAGAAGGCGCGGCUUCCUUUUGAGAAAGAAUUUGCGGCAUUAAGCCAAACUAUUAACUUGGCAUUAAUGGAGGUUCAGAAAAUCCGAGACAGAUGUGCAUUUGGCUGGGUUCAGUUGAAGGAUCUUGCAAUAUCAAUCUGAUGAAUUCCUUGUCCUUUGUAAACGUCAACCCUCAAAUAUCGGUGAAUGAGCUAAGAAUUCCUCAUAGGACGUGCAACGUUGUGUUCUUGUGUUGUAGAAGCUACAUCACAUGCUGAGUUGCAGACAUCCAAAUUACAAGAUAGUAGGCUGUUCCGUGAGGGUGUUUCUCAACCUGUAAAGUACAGAAUUUUCGUAGUAUAUUUCAUUUGAAUUCAAAUGUUAUAGCUGUUGCUUGGGAGCAGACCCAGAUGAGUACCUUUCGUAGUGUUUUUAGUGAGUGAAUGUACCAUGCUAAACUUGUAAAUAUGGUGUAGCAAUAUAAGAUCCCAGGAUAUCUGACUUCGUGUA